AUGGGUUUAGGAACUGGCGGAGGCGGCUGCCAUGAGUGCCGAGCGUUCUGGAGUGCUGUGAAGGAGGAUGCUCGUGAUCUGGAUGCCUAUACGUUAGCCAAGUCUUACUUUGAUCUAAAGGAAUAUGACAGGGCUGCCUAUUUUCUACGGGGCUGCAAGAGUCAGAAAGCUUACUUCUUGUAUAUGUACUCCAGAUACCUGUCAGGAGAAAAGAAGAAGGAUGAUGAGACAGUGGAUAGUUUGGGACCUCUGGAAAAAGGACAGGUAAAAAAUGAAGCUCUACGAGAAUUGAGAGUUGAGCUCAGCAAGAAACACAAGGCACGGGAACUGGAUGGAUUUGGCCUUUAUUUGUAUGGUGUCGUGCUGCGGAAGCUGGACCUGGUUAAAGAAGCAAUAGAUGUGUUCGUUGAAGCUGCCCAUGUCUUACCUUUGCACUGGGGAGCCUGGCUGGAACUUUGCAACUUGAUUACGGAUAAAGAGAUGUUGAAGUUCCUGUCCUUGCCAGAUACAUGGAUGAAAGAGUUCUUUCUUGCACACAUUUAUACAGAGCUGCAGCUGAUAGAGGAGGCUCUGCAGAAGUAUCAGAGUCUCAUUGAUGCAGGAUUUUCCAAAAGCACUUACAUCAUCUCUCAGAUUGCAGUUGCCUACCACAAUAUCCGAGAUAUUGACAAAGCUUUAUCCAUUUUUAACGAGCUAAGGAAACAAGAUCCUUACAGGAUAGAAAACAUGGACACUUUCUCCAACUUGCUAUAUGUAAGGAGCAUGAAGCCUGAGUUGAGCUACCUGGCUCACAAUCUCUGUGAGAUAGACAAGUAUCGUGUUGAGACCUGCUGUGUAAUUGGAAAUUAUUAUAGCUUGCGUUCCCAACAUGAAAAAGCAGCACUCUAUUUCCAGAGGGCCUUGAAACUGAAUCCUCGUUAUCUGGGAGCCUGGACGCUCAUGGGACAUGAGUAUAUGGAAAUGAAGAAUACAUCUGCAGCUAUCCAGGCUUAUAGACAUGCAAUAGAGGUGAACAAAAGGGACUACAGAGCAUGGUAUGGCUUGGGGCAAACCUAUGAAAUCCUCAAAAUGCCAUUUUACUGUCUCUAUUACUACCGGCGGGCCCACCAGCUCAGACCAAAUGAUUCUCGUAUGCUGGUUGCUCUAGGAGAAUGCUAUGAGAAACUCAAUCAGUUGGUGGAAGCUAAAAAGUGCUAUUGGAGAGCUUAUGCUGUGGGAGAUGUGGAGAAAAUGGCACUGGUGAAACUAGCAAAGCUGCAUGAACAGCUGAAUGAAUCUGAACAGGCAGCUCAGUGCUAUAUCAAAUACAUCCAGGAUAUCUAUUCCUGCGGGGAGCUGGUGGAGCACGUGGAGGUCAGUACUGCCUUCCGUUACCUGGCCCAAUACUACUUCAAGUGUAAGCUCUGGGAUGAAGCCUCAGCAUGUGCUCAGAAAUGCUGUGCGUUCAACGAUACUAGAGAAGAAGGAAAGGCCCUGUUGCGGCAGAUCUUACAACUUCGCAACCAAGGAGAAACCUCAUCCACAGAUAUUGCUGCUCCCUUUUUCCUCCCUGCAUCAUUGUCAGCCAACAACACUCCCACACGUCGUGUUUCCCCACUCAAUCUGUCUUCUGUAACACCAUGAACAAUGCUGGUAACUUCUAACCUGUGCAUUGAAUGUGACAUUGCAGAUGGGGCUUGCAAUCACUUAUUUCUUUCCAGUGAAAUUUCUACAUUCAUUGUUGCCUUCACGUGAAGGGUAGGAGUUAUUAGAGCCCACAGCCGAAGGCGGAUGUGCCCCAGCAGGCAAAGGUGCAGCCUACGUGAAAGUGCCUAUGCUGAGAUGUGAGAACCUGCUGUACUUCUCACCAAGUCAUUCCAGUCAGAGGGCAGACGUGUUCCAGUACACAGGACUACUCCGAACUGAGGGACUGGGAAGAGCUU